UUAGCUGCCCUGUGGCACUGUCACAGUCAUUAUUUGUAUACACAUUGUCUUUUUUUAAAUAUUGUUACUGACAGACACGCAGGCAGACACAGGACAGAAUACAGUAACUUCACACCUGUAUGUACGGUGGCCCACGAGGGGACAUCCAUACGUCCCGAGACGAAAACACGGUAAACGGACGAACAGCAUAAAAACUGACAGAAUUACAGUCUCGCAAACUUUUCACAAUCAUUAUGGAGCUUUCAUAUCAAUCAAUGAAAAUCGCCCAUCAAGUCCGGGAGGCGGAAGAGCUGAGGACUGAGACGCGGAGGAAGAGCCUCCUCAUCCUCAUAUACCAACACCUGCUGGGACAGGGCUACGGGGCCGCAGCGGUGGCCUUGGACCAGGAGACUAAUGGGGGUGUGAGGAGGUUCGAGGUUUGCGACAACAUCGACCUGGAGAUGGUGCUGAUGGAGUAUGAGAGCUAUCACUACGUCAAGUUCCAGAAGUACCCCAAACUCAUCAGGAGAACAGCAGAGCCAGCUGAAAAUAGAUUUGCAAGAAGUGGUGUAGCAAAGCGGAGUCAAGGUUCAGCUGUGAAGCCUCUCCCCAAAAUCAGCCCUUCCCAGAGCCCACAGUCUGGAAAUGGAGCCAAGAAGACAGCGGCCAGCUCACAUGCAAAUGAGAACGGCUCCUCAGUUUCUCCAGAGUCGUCCGAGUUUGGUCUCAACGUUUCCUCCAUCAGAAACGGAGCAGCCGUGGACAGAAAGGGCCAGAUGGGUGAUGGCAAAGGUCCAGUCCCUGACGCUGUCAAAGGAGCUGGCAGUUACUCAGACCACAUGGAGCGGCUGCUGAAGCCUCUGAGCGGCUUUUCUGGAAUGAGCGGUGAAAUGAGGGAUCUGGCUGCAAUCAUCAGCAGGCUUCCACAUGCAUCCCUCACUUUGCGUGUUUGUGUGUGUGUUCACACCCCCCUAAAGGACAUCUAUCUGCACAGCCCAAAUGUGCGGUGGGAGGACAUCAUCGGCCUGGAGGACGCCAAGCGAUUAGUCAAAGAGGCCGUCGUCUAUCCCAUUAAGUACCCCCAGCUGUUUACAGGCAUCCUGUCUCCGUGGAAGGGCUUGUUGCUCUAUGGUCCCCCAGGCACAGGAAAGACACUGCUGGCGAAGGCCGUGGCUACAGAGUGCAAGACGACCUUCUUCAACAUCUCAGCCUCCAGCAUCGUCAGCAAGUGGAGAGGAGACUCUGAGAAACUGGUCAGGGUUCUGUUUGAGCUGGCCAGGUACCACGCCCCAUCCACCAUCUUCCUGGAUGAGCUGGAGUCAGUGAUGAGCCAGAGAGGAACCAGCAUGGGAGGGGAACACGAGGGGAGCCGCAGGAUGAAGACCGAGCUGCUGGUUCAGAUGGACGGGCUGGCCAGAUCAGAGGAUCUGGUGUUUGUGCUGGCUGCUUCCAACCUGCCAUGGGAACUGGACCACGCCAUGCUGAGGAGGUUAGAGAAAAGGAUUCUUGUAAGUCUUCCCUCCGCACCCGCGCGCCAAGCCAUGAUCUCUCAUUGGCUACCUCCUCGUAGCUCCACGGGAGGGGUGGAGCUAAGAACUGAGCUGGACUAUGAAACUCUGGCGAAGGGGAUGGAGGGUUACUCUGGCUCUGACAUCAGACUGGUGUGUAAGGAGGCCGCCAUGAGACCAGUCCGCAAGAUCUUUGACGCUCUCGAGUCGCAUCAGGAAGGAGAUUCUGACAUGCCUGCCAUCCAGCUGGAAACUGUAACAACGGUUGACUUCCUGGACGUCGUCGCACACACCAAACCCUCGGCCCGAAACCUGAUGGACAGAUACGCAGCCUGGGAGAGAGAGUACGAGUCUGUCUGAAUAACUUAUUUUAAAGUCCCAUAUUUUUGUCACACAUUAACACACCCUGACAUUUAAACAUCAUCUUACAAACACACUGCCUGUGACAUAACUUUAGCUGAGCAAAAAUAAUUAAAUGAAAUUAAAGCACUCUGUGUGCCUAUUUGGUAUAACUCCUGGGGGGAUGUUUGUACUCAUGCUGCACAUUUUUUAUUCAUCAUUUUCGCCUGUCAAAUGAUUUGUCUUCUGAGAGGAGAGAAGAAAAAGACCAAGUUAAACACCGAAAAGGAUAAACAAGGCACUGAAAUGAAUGAAUGUAUAAAGAAAUGUAAAUAAAUGUGUAAAUACAAACAUUAGGAACAAGAA